AAGAAGAAGAAACAAGAACUUCCGGUUCCUCACUACACGUUUCCUGCGGCGGGUCUGUCGAACGAAAAGGCAACGAUCGUCCGUGUCUAGCGGUGAAGAAACAAAGAAAAAAUGAGCAAAGCACACCCCCCAGAGCUGAAAAAGUUCAUGGACAAGAAACUUUCACUAAAGUUGAACGGAGGCAGACACGUGCAAGGCAUCCUUCGUGGAUUUGACCCCUUUAUGAAUCUUGUGGUGGAUGACUGUCUGGAAAUGGGACCAGGGGGACAACAACAUACCAUCGGCAUGGUGGUCAUCAGAGGUAACAGCAUCAUCAUGUUAGAGGCCUUGGAGAGAGUCUGAGAUGAAACAGGAGGGCCUGUCUGUUUUGAUUCUGAUGUUUUUUUUAUACUUUUUGUUCAACACUUAAAAUGACUGUUUUGUGUAAAAGGAAAGGCUUGUUUAUGAAUAAAAACAUUCAUUUGUACUAUG